UGUCUUAAAAGGCAAAGUUCUAGUCAUUCAUGUUGUAGAUGUAAAUUACGCCGAAGAAGUCACCUUCUCGCUGUGGCAAGUUUUGCUGCUGUUAAUGGAAACCGUGAUGUCAGUCGUAGUUAUAAUGACAGGCCCGGAAUUAAAAAAUAAAUUCGAUCCGUCACGUACUUGUAAUAACUGUUUAUUGCUUGAGAACAAAAGUUUGUUUUUUGAGUACCACGAUGUGUCAUACGAGAAGUAUGUGCGCAGUCCGUCAUUCGUAAAACCGGACUUGAUUGUAGGAUUUAACUUGAGUAUUGAGGAGUGUGAUAAGAAAAUAUGGGCGUCAUCCAUACAUGCGGUAGCGAAACAGAAUUGUCCGUUCAUCUUAACGUUUUUUACACUACGGUACUUUGAGGAGGGGACAAAGAAAAUGAACACAAUUCUGGGUAAGGAGGUUGAUUAUCUCUAUAGCGGAAAGAACUCAUUCGCUAGUUUCAGACCACAUAGAGCCUUUGGGCCAGAGCGCGUGUAUUAUCAUAAUCAAUAUGUAGUUAUCUACCAAAGUCUUUGUUCCUAACUGAUAUCCGUAAUUUAAGCUACAAACUGAAGGCUGUAUUUAUGCCAAAGAAAACGUCGCGUGUGAGAAAUGACAGAAUACGAGUUAAAUGGAAUUUUACGUUUAAGAAAUGCAACGGAAGGGACGCAGAGAUACUUAACUGUAUGAACAUCUGCGAAUCGCGACGCGUUAUUUCUUCACGGAACAAAUUGCAAAAGACUGAGAUCCGGCACUCCGGAAUGUCUGCUUAUAUUUACAAUCCAAGAAGCUAUUAUUUACUUGUUGAAUCGAUUAUUUGAUAUAAGUCGAGCAUAAAUGGAUUAUAAAUAUAACAGGAGUGGAUAGGGUAACGUAAAAUAUUAUUACAAUUGCUAUUGCUUUUAGUUCCGUUUGUAAUUAAGACAAAACUUUUCGUUAAUUUUUAUAACAAAAUUUAUAUCUUUGUAAUAAAAUAUAUAUCAAACAUUUACGAAAUAGCAAUUGUUUCUUCAUCGAUAUUUCUGAAAUCUCGGACGUCGCACGUGUCACGCGUGCGACGCGUGACAGGUUCACGGAUGCUUGCGACAGUCGACGAUCAAAACAAUGAUAGAGGUCGAGUGGCUGUAGCACCUGUGGCAGUAUAAUAGUUCCCCGCCGUUCUUUAUGUGAGUUUCGACAAAAGCCUGGCGUUUAUCACAGAUUAGGAUCGUAGGGGUCAGGUUACAGCAUAUAUAUUUACAGCCUUCAGCCUCACGCAGAUACCAGAGCUAAGCUGGUAGCGGCCUAGAAAAACUUGCAUGGUGUUUGAGAACUAACGCAUCACGAAGCAAGCGGUCGUGGAUGUACGCGGAGUGCAGACGAAUCCUCUAUUCAAUAACGCCAGCAUAAACAAUAAGUCAAGGGUGAAAUCACAACAUUCCAAACACUACAUUUGUCCUUUACACUGAAGGAUACUUUGAUAUAACGAGACUGUGUGUAGGCAGAAGUCAUGGAAUCAGAAGCGAGAGAUCAAAUUAAUAACUAUUAUGACGAGUUCUACGCCACCAUAUGUCACGUUUGCAAACGGUUUGGCGACGGCGUCCAAUUGAAGAGAUGCGGUGGCUGCUGGAUGAUCGCCUAUUGUGGUAAGGAACAUCAGAAGCAGCACUGGAAGCAGCACAAACCUUUGUGCAAAGCCAUACGGAACGUGCUGCGGAACUACAACAUGGAUUAUGGCGGUGAAACUACAGAGGUAUGGGCCAGCAAGAAGCUGACCUUCGCGCAGCUAGUGUCGUCCAAGCUAGGACGUCGCCUGAAUAUGAGUGAGAUGAAUAUGUUCUUGUUUCCAAAAGAGUGCCUAGUUUGCUACGAACGGAACAUUAAGUCGUUGGAGAGUUGUCAGAAGUGUGCUGCCAGCUUUUGUAAAAAUCACAAAGACGGCACGGAGCACAGGGACAUCUGCGCUAGCCUGGAACUAUGUCUUCAUUCAGAUUUAUUUUCUAUGCGAGAGGGAAACAGUCUUCUGGACUUGAAUUUUCACUUCCAACACAUUUCCUAUAUCGAGUUCCCUUCGAGUACAUUUCAGAACAUGAAAGACUUUUUAAAGGCUUGUAUGAAUAUCCAGACUGACUCGGAGAUGUGCAACGCCCGGGCAAAUUACAGUUCAGAAUAUCUGACAUAUUCCUUAACGUUGUUUUUUGCUAUGCGAUUAUUAAAGUAUGUCCCAAAAAGUGAAGAUCUAGUCGUUCAUGUUCUAGGUGCGACAAAGCACGAUGAACUCAUCUUGAUCGGGUGGGAAAUUUUUCCGCGUUUAAUAGGAGCCAAGGUGUCAGUUAUAUUGAUAGGACCGGAAUUACCAUGUAAAUCAAUGCUGUCACAUCAUUGCGAUAACUGUAUGUCACGGGAGAAAAAAUGUUUGACGUUUGAGUUACACGAUGGGUUAUACGAGAACUAUGUACGCAGUUCGUCAUUCGUAAAACCGGACUUGGUUGUAGGAUUUAAUAUGGGUGUUCGCAACCAUGAACUUCCAGUUGAGUCAGUUGAGUCCAGUAAGGAAACGUGGACGCCGUCCAUUGAGUUGAUAGCGAAAGAAAAUUGUCCGUUUAUCUUGACGUCUUCCUUGCUAUAUGCAUUUAAAAAAGAGACAGACAUAAUAAACACAAUCCUGGAUAAAGAGGUAAACCAUAUAUAUAGUGGAAAGAAUCCAUUCGCCAGUUUAAUCCCAUGCAGAACUGUCGGCGGGCUGGAGUACGUAUCUUAUACGAAUCAAUAUGUUAUUAUCUAUAGGAGUCUUUGUUCAUAACUGAUAUGCGUAAUUUAAGCGACCGAUACAAGCUGAAGGCUGUGUUUAUGCCAAAGAAAACGUUGCGUUGUGUGAGAAAUGAAAGAAUACGAGUUAAAUGGAAUUUUACGUUUAAGAAAUGCAACGGAAAGGACGCAGAGAUAACUGUAUGAACUACAUCUGCGAAUCGUGGCGCGUUAUUUUUUCACGAAACAAACUGCAAAAGACUAAGAUCCGACCCUCCGAAAUGUCUAAUUAUAUUUAUAAUCCAAGAAGCUAUUAUUUACUUGUUGAAUCGAUUAUUUGAUAUAAGUCGAGCAUAAAUGGAUUAUAAAUAUAACAGGAGUGGAUACGGUAACGUAAAAUAUUAUUACAAUGGCUGUUACUUUUAGUUCCGUUUGUAAUGA